AUGGAGUCCCGUACGGCGCCGCGGGUCAAGAACAAGGCCGCCGCGCCUGUCCAGAUCUCCGCCGAGCAGCUUCUGCGAGAGGCAGUCGACCGACAGGAAACCGGCCUGCAGGCGCCAACGCAGCGGUUCGCCGACCUCGAAGAACUCCAUGAAUUCCAAGGGCGGAAGCGCAAGGAGUUCGAGGACUAUGUGCGCAGAAAUCGCAUCAACAUGAACAACUGGAUGCGGUAUGCGCAGUGGGAACUCGAGCAGAAGGAAUAUCGUAGAGCAAGGUCGAUCUUCGAACGGGCGCUGGACGUGGACAGCACGAGUGUUGUGUUGUGGAUCCGAUAUGUCGAGGCGGAGAUGAAGACGAGGAAUAUCAAUCAUGCGCGCAAUUUGUUAGAUCGGGCUGUGACGAUUCUGCCACGAAUAGACAAGCUGUGGUACAAGUAUGUGUAUAUGGAGGAGACGCUGGGCAACAUUGCAGGCACGAGACAGGUCUUCGAGCGAUGGAUGAGUUGGGAGCCUGACGAGAAUGCUUGGAUGGCAUAUGUCAAGCUCGAGAAGAGAUACGGCGAAUACGAUCGAGCCAGGGCUAUUUUCGAGCGCUUCACCGUUGUGCAUCCCGAGACAAGAAAUUGGAUCAAGUGGGCAAAAUUUGAAGAAGAGAAUGGCACGAGUGAGCUAGUACGAGAUGUAUUCGGCAUAGCUGUUGAGACGCUGGGAGACGACUUUAUGGACGAGAAGCUCUUCAUUGCAUAUGCAAGGUACGAAGCGAAGCUGAAAGAGUAUGAGCGGGCACGAGCGAUCUACAAAUAUGCGCUUGACAGACUCCCAAGAUCGAGGUCGGCCGCCCUGCACAAGUCCUACACGACAUUCGAGAAGCAGUUUGGCAACCGGGAGGGGGUCGAAGAUGUGGUGUUGUCCAAGCGAAGAGUACAGUAUGAGGACGAGCUGAAAUCAGAUCCGCGGAACUACGACAUCUGGUUCGACCUGGCACGGUUGGAAGAGACUGGAGGCGAUGUCGAGCGAGUCCGCGAUGUGUACGAGAGGGCGAUUGCACAAAUACCAGCAUCACCCGAGAAGCGAGGCUGGAGGCGGUAUAUCUAUCUCUGGAUCUUCUAUGCAAUCUGGGAGGAGGUCAUCAAUCAGGACCCCGAUCGAGCGCGGCAGAUCUACCAAGAAUGCCUGAAGAUCAUCCCGCACAAGAAGUGGACCUUCGCAAAGAUAUGGCUCGCGAAAGCCCAAUUCGAGAUCCGACAGAAUCAGCUACAGGCCGCUCGAAAAACACUUGGGCAGGCGAUCGGGAUGUGCCCAAAGGAUAAGCUGUUCAGAGGCUACAUUGACCUCGAGAAGCAGCUGUUCGAGUUUCUGCGCUGUCGAACGCUCUUCGAGAAGCAAAUCGAAUGGAAUCCAGAGAACGGACAGGCAUGGAUCCAGUUUGCCGAACUGGAGCGAACGCUAGACGACGCAGAGCGCGCUCGAGCAAUAUAUGAAUUGGCAAUCAACCAGCCCAGCAUCGAUAUGCCCGAGCUGGUAUGGAAGGCCUACAUCGACUUCGAGGAAGAGGAAGAAGCUUACGAGCGGGCACGAGCACUGUACGAGCGUCUUCUAACCAAGACGAACCACGUCAAAGUCUGGAUCAACUACGCCCGCUUCGAGAUCAACGUGCCCGACGAGGGUGACACGGGCGAGGAGGACGGAGUCGUCAGCGAUGCGGCCAAGGCACGAGCAAGAGCUGUGUUCCAGCGCGCCCACGACCUGUUCCGAGACAAAGACCUCAAAGAAGAGCGCGUCGAUCUCCUCAACGCGUGGAAGUCGUUCGAGGAAGCACAGGGCACGCCGGCGGACGUGGAGAAGAUCGAGAAGCAGAUGCCGCGCAAAGAGCGCAAGAGGAGACGCAUCGAAGAAGAUCGGUUCGAGGAGUAUAUCGACUAUAUCUUCCCCAGCGACGACAAGCAAGCGGCAAAUCUCAGCAAGUUGCUGCAGAAGGCACAGGCUUGGAAGCAACAGCAAGCAGCGGCGGCGACGGCGAAUGGCAACGGCACGAACGGCAGUGCUUGA